ACUUUACAGUUGUGUGUAUCUUCAUCCUACUUAAGGUUUCUUUACUUCCACUGAGGAGGAGGAGGAUUUGUUUCUUCUUCUUUUUCUUCUGCAGAGACAUGCAGCAGGAGCUUUUGUUCAAAGUCCUGGUCAUCGGAGACCUGGGGGUUGGAAAGACCUCCAUCAUCAAGCGCUACGUCCAUCAGAUCUUCUCCCAGCACUACAGAGCCACCAUCGGCGUGGACUUUGCCCUGAAGGUGCUCCAGUGGGACAACAACACUGUGAUCAGGCUGCAGCUGUGGGACAUAGCAGGACAGGAGCGAUAUGGGAACAUGACUCGUGUCUAUUACCGGGAGGCGGUGGGAGCUCUGGUGGUGUUUGACGUGACGAGGGCGUCCACGUUCGACGCCGUGCUGAAGUGGAAGGAUGACCUGGACUCAAAGGUGACUCUGAACUAUGGGAAGCCGGUUCCGACUGUUCUCUUGGCCAACAAGUCGGACCAGCUGGGGUCACAGCAGCCCAAACUCGACUCCUUCUGCAGAGAGAACGGCUUUGUCGGAUGGUUCGAGACCUCGGCGAAGGAAAACACAAACAUCGAGGAGGCGGCACGCUGCCUCGUCGAGCACAUCCUGAACAACGAGGAGAGCUCGGUGACGGAGCGAGACCCCGGCUCCCUCGUUCUGUCUGGAUUUACCAACUCCACCAGUGAUCACCUGAACUGCUCCUCGUGUGUGAAAUAGAGACUCCCGACCAAUCACAGACAACCAGGAAGUUAACAGCCAUGAGGCCACAGACGUGUUUGCUUCAGGGACUGUUAAAAAAAGAAAAAAAAAGAAGCAAUUACUGGAGCUACUGGGAAAGAAGAGGUUUUUAUUCUUUAUAUUACAUAAAUUACAACACAUAUUGUUUGUUUAUGUCAUCAUGUUCCAGCAAAGAUGUCCCUCCCUACUGUAGAAAACAAAAUAAACCAUUUUAAAAUGUUUUAGAAUUCA